UCAACGCUCCCUGUUAAAACUUCCGUCUCCCUCUGGGCGCUUCGCUUCCCCUCAAACUUUCCGUCAUGUCCAACAACAACGCCAGCACCAACCUGGCCGUCGCUCACAAAGCUGUCAAACAGCUCCGGCUGGAGGCCAGCGUCCGGAGAAUCCACGUGUCUCAAGCGGCCACAGACCUGAAGAACUUCUGCCUACAGAAUGCCCAUAAAGACCCGCUGCUGAUGGGCGUCCCAUCUGGCGACAACCCCUUCCGUCCACCCAAGUCAUGUGGGCUGCUUUAGAGCUGCUGAUGGCUGAGGACCACUGAAGAUGAUGGUCAUCUGAAAAAACAUCUUGGAAACACUACACACACACACGCACACGCACAUACACACACUUCAGUACAGAGUUGUGAGAAUUCUUUUUGCUGCAUUCGUCUCCUCUUAUGGACACUCUAUCCGAUAAAGCUGCGUUACACUGUGUUAUCCACGUUGGUACGAUCCACUUGUAGGUAUUCAUACACUACAGUACUGUAUUCACAUUGUCUCAGAACUACAUCACCCGUAAUACCAUCCUGAUUUAGUGGUCCAUAUCCUGUUCCUAAAGACAGAAAGGGUUAGAAAUGGUUACAAGCUCUUUUCCUUCGUACUUGCACCCUCAGAGUGCACUGGGAGUAAAUGUAUAACACUAAAAAAAAGAAACAAGAAGACUGUUACAAAUAACCACACUCCUUCAUGUCAGUCGAAAAACCUUGAAUACAAUCGUUCACACUGUUAGACAUGAAGUGGAUCAUUCAAAGCAGGACUGAUGUUACCAACACAUUAUGGCCUUCAUUUCCAACAAACCAAAACGUUUCCCAGCAGUGACUGUUAACCUGUAAGUUUUUAUAUGAAGAAAAAAAUAGAAUCUGUUUUUUAAUAGAUAAAUAUCGGAACUUUUUAUAUUAAAUUCUAACUGAGUUGUAGGUGUAAUUUUUAAAAGUGAUCCUUUGCUAAUUUAUUAGUGCUGUGAAGCAGAAGCAGGGCUGGGCGAUAUAACGUCUGUGUUCUGUAAUUGCGUUAUGGAAUGCGUUCUAUACGAGUUUGAAUGGGAAGGGAAAGUGUAGAACUGCGCCAUCUGCUGGUUGCAUUGAAAACAUUUUGAAUUGUUAUUAAUUUUGCAAUAUGGGAUCAUUUUGGUUACAGCUUGAGUAACCUUUGAGAGAGACACUUUUGCAACCAUGCAGGCACAGUAGCUACAAACACAGUAGGAAAGCUGUUAUACACAAUAUAAAGUUACAUAAUUGUAAAGAUUAAAAAUACAAUUGAACUACAAAUCCCACGGUGCUACUUCAUAGGAUGGAAUGACUGAUGGACAGAGUUUGUAGUCAGUCUUGUGGGAAACACCUAAUAACCAAGUUACUCGUUUGGAGCAUUCACACAGUGUGGAAUGCAGCUGAACAUGGGGGCCAUUUGGCACAUUAUAUUGUGCAGAUUUGCAGAACCUCCAGUUCAUUGUUAACCUACAUUUUGAAGGCAACCGGCAGGGCACGAACUAACCACUUUCCCUUCACUUUCAUAUUUGUUCAUAAACAUUUUAAUGCGUUACUCCAGCACAAAUGUGUCUGGUUCAAAUCCAAGUCAUAUGUUAAAGGAAUAGUUCAGUCAAGAAUUGUUUCUAACGGUGAGUAAAAGCAAGUAACCACCAAUGGCAUCAUGCUGACUGGUGCUUAGCAACAUCCACUCAUUUUUAGCCAUGCUAACAUGAUUUGUCAACCUAUUCUUGUUACAUUAGGCCUAAUAGAGCCAUUCUGAGGAGCCUGGCCACUUCCUAUUUCCCCUAUUAUAUCAGAAACAUGACUGCUAAAUAGCAGAGGGCGUCCACAAGCGAGUCCUCAACGAAUGUGGGUGAAUAGCUCAACGGCUAAAAACAAAAAGUUAAAAUGGAUUCUAAUCACUUGACUAGAACUUUAAUUUUAGAAAAUUAGAAGGAUGUAUUUUGCUAAAAAAAAAACAAACAACACAUUUGUAUGUUUCCUUUUUCUACAGCAAACAGUUUUUGGGCAGCAGGUCUCAUUACUGCUACGGAGUGAUGAUUGAUUGGCGAGCAGAGCAGCUCAUUGGCGGUUCACAUGAACAUACACGAGGCGCCGUUUUAAACUCCUAUAACGAGUUUUAAAGCUCUUAAAAAUAUAACAGCGGUGUUAAAAUGUUUUAUGCUGCUCUGUGUUCGGGAAAUUAUUGUAUUCUUUUAUAUUAAAAAUGCUCAACCAUUUAUAAGCAAUGAUUUUUCGCAGAUGCUCCAUAUAAACCCGUUCAGUUUGGACUCGCUCAGGAGCGCCCUCUAGUGUUUGAGAACCCCUGGAGACAUGAUUCUCCUCUCUGCAGGUUCUCUGCUACUACUGCAUGAAUGUGUUUGAAGGAAGAUCACAUACUUUCCUUAGAUAAAUAUGACGUGUGAGCUACAGUCAAAGAUAAAUUUGUUGAUUUUACACACAGUUGUGCCUUUGAUGAACUUUAAGUGUGCUUGGACAUAAACACACAAAUGUAGACCUCUUUGGAAACCUGUUGCCUGGCUGAAUAGCUAGCCUGCUGCGUUUGUCAUGCUACCAUGAUUUCUCCGCCACGUUGCCCAGCCCUGGUGUGAACGGUUGUUUUUAACUAUGUUUUGGGUUUUAGAUAUUGUUUGUUACUCUGAUGAUGCUUUUCUUCCCACUGUAGUGUCCUGUGUUCAUUAGCUUAGCAAAAAUCCUAAUCUCCUCUAUGGGCUCAGUCUCAAAUGUCUCUUUGCUUCCUAUGCAGUGCACUGCGUGUGCUUGGCUUCUGCACCCAAAUAGUGCACUAAAUGUUAGGGAGUCAUUCAAUACCAAUGUAAAUGGGAUUAUAAUCUAUAUCUGAUGGAUAUAGAAUAUGCUAUUUGGGAGUGGAUGACAUCUUUCAUGACCUACAUAGUGCACUACAUGUAGUGUAGGGAGCCACUUGUGAUUCAGCCUUAUGGGUUCUUCUGGGUCUAUGUACUCGUGUUCUGCCCAGUGUGGAAAGUAAACGCUGAUGUCCGUCGUGUUCAUUAGAACAUGAAAGGUGAACAGUUUUCAUAAACCUGGUAGAUACGACGUGUAUUUAUAUCUUUCUGAUUUGAUUUUGUGUUGGGCUGUUAAAUCUGUGUGCCUUAUAGUGGAACUUCUGAGUAGUUCACUUGUUUUCUAUCCACUAGUAAAGCAGCCUCCUUUUGACCCUGA